UCUCUCUCUUUUUCUCUCUCUCACCGAUACAAACACCGGGCCUUACUUUCCUCCUUCCGUCCUUCCUUCCUUCCUUACUUCCUGCCCUCUUUCCUUCCUUCCUUCCCUCCCGCAGCGGCCGCCGCCCCGGUCCUUCCUCCCCGGUCUUUCCUCCCCGGUCCUUCCGCCCCGGUCCUCCCUCUCUCCGUCGCCGGCUCCGGCGGCCUGUUUCCCGGGGAGAUGCAGCAGCAGCAGCCGGAGGAGGAGCAGCUUGUUCCGGCCUGAGCGGAGCAGAAGCAGCGGAGCAGCGGCGGGAACAUGUCCGGCAGGAAGCCUCUGACCCCGGUCAGCGAGUCCGAGCAGACGCCGGUGCUAAAGUGUUCAGAUGGACUCCCCACUCCGCCGGCUCCACCCACCAAACUGUCGAGUCGCCAGGUGGUGGCGCCGUCUCGCAGCUCCACGAUGUCGCUCGCUGACGAGCAGCCGCACGUCGGAAACUAUCGUCUGAUGAAAACCAUCGGCAAAGGAAACUUCGCCAAAGUGAAGCUGGCGCGUCACACGCUGACCGGCCGAGAGGUCGCCAUCAAAAUCAUUGACAAAACGCAGCUGAACCCGACAAGUCUACAGAAGCUCUUUAGAGAAGUCAGUGUGAUGAAGAUCCUGAACCACCCAAACAUUGUGAAGCUGUUUGAGGUCAUCGAGACGGAGAAAACUCUGUACCUGGUGAUGGAGUACGCCAGCGGAGGUGAAGUCUUUGAUUAUCUCGUCGCUCACGGACGAAUGAAGGAGAAAGAGGCCAGAGCCAAGUUUCGCCAGAUUGUUUCUGCAGUUCAGUACUGUCACCACAAGAGGAUCGUACACAGAGACCUCAAGGCGGAGAACCUGCUUCUCGACGCCGACAUGAACAUAAAAAUCGCAGACUUCGGCUUCAGUAACGAGUUCACGCUCGGCAGCAAACUGGACACGUUCUGUGGUUCUCCUCCGUACGCUGCACCCGAACUCUUCCAGGGGAAGAAGUACGACGGGCCAGAGGUGGACGUGUGGAGUCUGGGUGUGAUUCUCUACACGCUGGUCAGCGGCUCGCUGCCCUUUGACGGACAGAACCUGAAGGAGCUCAGGGAGCGUGUCCUCAGAGGAAAGUACCGGAUUCCCUUCUACAUGUCGACCGACUGUGAGAACCUGCUCAAGAAGCUGCUAGUCCUGAACCCUGGGAAACGAGGAAACCUGCAGCAAAUCAUGAAAGAUCGAUGGAUGAACGUCGGCUACGAUAACGAGGAUCUGAAACCGUUUACUGAACCGGAGCAGGACUUUAACGACCUGGAACGCAUCGAGCUAAUGGCGACGAUGGGUUUCCCGCAGGAGGAAGUGAUGAAAGCGCUGGACGGUCCGAAGUACAACGAGCUAACGGCGACGUACCUGCUGCUGGGCAGGAAAACUGCUGAGUUUGAAGGCACUGAGUCUUUGUCCAGCACUAACCUGGUUCAAAGGUCAAGACCCUGUAGCGACUUCAACGGCUCCAGUCAGAGUCCCGCCCACUCUCGCAGCGCAGCAGCCAAUCAGAAGCACCGGAGGUUCAGCGAUCACGUGGCGCCCUCUAUCCCCCCGCCUGUCUCCUACACCAAGCGUUGCCACGCCAACAGCGUAGAGAGCGAGAGGAGGGCGGAGCCUGCCUCACCGAUGGGAGCUCCAGACCGCAGGAAAUCAGCCACUGCCUCAGGGAGCAUCACUCGCAGAAACACGUACGUUUACGAGCGGACGAACACUGAACGCCAUUCUGUGGUGAUUCCUAACGGGAAAGACAGCAGUCUUCCCGAGGUUCCUGCGGCAUCUCCGUCACCAUCGCCCGGGGCGACCGUCUCCUCCUCACGCCCCCGUCACGUGAAGUCCAUGUCGGCGUCGGGUCACCCCAUGAAGUCCAUGCUGCCUCCCAUCGACGACAGCGCCGAGUAUCAGAGCUCCGCCCACCAGGCCCCGCCCUCCUCGCCCUCAGCCUUCAGCGUCACCAGCAGCAGCACAACGCCGGACCGGAGUCGUUUCCCCCGCGGCUCCUCCACCCGCUCCACCUUCGACGGCGCUCAGCUGCGAGACCGACGACCCGCCACCUACAACGGCCCGCCGGCCUCGCCCAGCCUGUCGCAGCACGCCGCCGCCGCGCCGCACCGCGGCACCUCGGCCUCACUCAUCGGAAAGAUCACUUCCAAAUUCGUACGCAGGAGUUUAUCGGGUGAAUCCAAGGACGAGGGGCGGGACUCCAAGCCUCGCUCGCUGCGGUUCACAUGGAGCAUGAAGACCACGUCGUCCAUGGAGCCGGGCGACAUGAUGAAGGAGAUCCGCAGGGUUCUGGACGCCAACAACUGUGAUUACGAGCAGCGCGAGCGCUACCUGCUGUUCUGCGUCCACGGCGACGCGCGGCAGGACAGUCUGGUCCAGUGGGAGAUGGAGGUGUGCAAGUUGCCCCGCCUCUCACUCAAUGGCGUGCGCUUCAAGAGGAUCUCGGGGACGUCCAUCGCCUUCAAAAACAUCGCCUCGAAAGUAGCAAACGAGCUCAGGCUGUGAAUGACGACCAAGGCGGCCAUUUUCUGUUUUUAGCACUGUUCCAGAUGAAUGGUGCGUUCACACCAAAAAAAAACGACCGAUCAUUUGUGUUUACGCGUGAAAACUCACUUAUGGCUAAUGCUAAGCUGUGUAAGCUAAGUCCAUUCUCCUCACUAACUUCCUGCCCUGCCCCGCCCCCUCUCCUUCUACCUGCCCACUCUUACAAUUGACGCAGAUUACGGGUCUACACAGGAUUUGUGGGCGGAGACGCAAAUCCUGCAAAGUCAUUGUCUCCUACUAAAGGUCGAUUCUUGUCAAAUCAGGAGUAGAUCGAUAGCCUGCGUCUGCUCUCCUGAAGCUAAUGCUACGUUCGUGUUUUCAGAAGAAUCUCAGCGCCGAUUGACUUUUGCGACUGAUUGAAUUUCACGUCUUGGCUUAAUUAGUGUGACUCGUGAAAAGGUUUGUUUUGGGUUCGGUGUGAACGCACCACAGACUCUUCUUAUACUCCACACAGUUAAUAUUUAAUGUUAAUGUCACUAAAUGUUGACGCCAGCGAAACCAAACCCCUCCUGAAGAAGCACGAACUCUUACUCCCCCUGGUGGCUGAAGGGAAAACCUUUGCAAUAAAAUUUGAGCAGAAAUGAAAUCGACUUCCUGUUGGUUCAGAAAACCUCGUCCUCGUUCAGACACAUCGGAAUAUUUUAUUUUUUAUUUUUUUACGUUGUUUUGUUUAUAUUUACUUUUUUAUUCUUUUUUUAUUCAGUCAGAUCAAAGCUUCAUUUUCUGUUGUUGUUUAUGUUGAAACCUGAAACUAAAUCCAUUAAAUCCUGUUUUCAUUCACACCUGUUCAAACUUAAAGGAUCACUCUGCUGUCAAUCUUCCAGUUUCCUCAGUCAGAACUGGCUCAAACUGGUUUUAGGGCAGGAAGUUUGGACUGUAGCGCCCCCGAGGUUGUAAUACCAAGUCGAUGGCUGCUCUGAACAUCAACAGUGUUAUUGCUCAUCACUUCAUACACUCAGUACUGCCCCCUGCUGGUGUCAGUGGAUGCUGUUUUGUACUCAUGUGUUUAUCAGUCAGUCAGUCAGUCAUCAUCUACCGCUUUAUCCUCUGCCAGAGGGUCGCGGCAUGUGUUUAUCAACUUGAUUAAACCUAGCAUUAAUGCUAACAUUAGCCACUGAAUCAACAACGAGGUGGACGUCAGCUGAUCAGUGAGUGCUUCUCUUGUGUUUUUGUCCUAACAUUUCCGUUGGAGCGCCCCCUGUAGUUGUACUUUCAAGUUCUAAACUUCUGAAUUAGUUUCCUGAAUUCUCAAUUAUAAAAUGGCCGCUGCGAACACUGAGGAAAUUUGAACAAAAGAUUUAUUUGGGUUUUUUCAGGUUUUUUAAUUUUUAUAUUUUUGUUCGCGUUUGAACGGAGGAUCCACUCUGCACACUUUAACUUUUCACGUGUUUAACUGUUCAUGUAUGUUGAACUCUUCACAUGUUGAACUCUUCAUGUAUGUUGAACUCUUCAUGUUCAUGUAUGUUGAACUCUUCAUGUAUGUUGAACUCUUCACAUGUUGAACUCUUCAUGUUCAUGUAUGUUGAACUCUUCAUGUAUGUUGAACUUUUCACAUGUUGAACUCUUCACAUGUUGAACUCUUCAUGUUCAUGUAUGUUGAACUCUUCAUGUAUGUUGAACUUUUCACAUGUUGAACUCUUCAUGUAUGUUAAUCUCUUCACAUGUUGAACUCUUCAUGUAUGUUGAAGUCUUCAUGUUCAUGUAUGUUGAACUCUUCAUGUAUGUUGAACUCUUUGUGUAUGUUGAACUUUUCAUAUGUUGAUCUCUUCAUGUAUGUUGAACUUUUCACAUGUUGAUCUCUUCAUGUAUGUUGAACUUUUCACAUGUUGAACUCUUCAUGUAUGUUGAUCUCUUCAUGUAUGUUGAUCUCUUCAUGUAUGUUGAACUUUUCACAUGUUGAACUCUUCAUGUAUGUUGAUCUCUUCAUGUAUGUUGAACUCUUCAUGUAUGUUGAUCUCUUCACAUGUUGAACUCUUCAUGUAUGUUGAACUCUUCAUGUUCAUGUAUGUUGAACUCUUCACAUGUUGAACUCUUCAUGUAUGUUGAACUCUUCAUGUACGUUGAUCUCUUCACAUGUUGAACUCUUCAUGUUCAUGUAUGUUGAACUCUUCAUGUAUGUUGAUCUCUUCACAUGUUGAACUCUUCAUGUUCAUGUAUGUUGAACUCUUCAUGUAAGUUGAAGCACUUAAAUCCAGGAUGGACAAAGGUCACUGACCUGAUGCUGCCUUCACGUCCUGGGAAAAGACGACGUAAAUCUGAGCCUCUGACUUGAAACAAACGUUUGCCUCAGCUCACAGGUUCUAAACAGGACCUUGGUAACCUGGCGCCACCAACAGGAAAUAGUCGAGUGUAGCAGUGAUGAUGAUGAUGAUAGAGUCAUUUUAAAUAAAAUAAAAUAAAAAAACACUGAAUUUAA